CGUAACUAAGGCGGUGCCAGCAGUGCCCAGGCACAGGGCGCAGACCCUGGAGGGGCGCAGAAAUGACCAGACUAGUAUCUACUUUUAUCUCAUGCAUGGUAGCUAGUAGGUACAUUUUGUUUUAUUGCGAACAUGGUGUAGACGCGCCCUACUGUACUAUCUAUAGUUAUAUUUAAAUCGCAUUUUCAAGCGAUCUUGAAACAACAACACAUGUAAAGGUGGAUUAUCGGUUUUAUACAUUUAGUAUGGUAACGUUCACACUACUGCUUAACGUGUUGUGAUGGUUUAUGUAUGGAACCGAUACAGUUCUGACGCGUCAGUCGUCACGUCACGAUACAUCAGACAAAUGUAUAUCCACCUUAAGUCUUGCUGGCAAUAUGACAUACAUAAACAAAAGUACCUACAUAAACCGUUAUUUUCAAUGAUAUCUCACAACAAAAAAAUCUCCAAUAAAAAUAUUUUUAUUUUUUUAUAAAAAUAAAACAAAAAGUAAAACACAUGACAGAGCUAAACUAAAAAUUACUAAAUAGUUACUAUGUAAACUUGUCCUUUUAAGAACGCAUCCAAUAUUCAUUAAUAUCUGAACGCAUCGAUCAUGCCGCGCCGCGCCGCCGUCCCAAUGUUCGGGGAUUCCCCGAUACAUCGCUAAUACGCAUUCAAUUGGCCGACCGUAGCGGAGGUUAUAGUUAUUGAUUGUUUUGUCAACUAUUGUCAUUAUUCGUAUAAAAUGACAUUAAUUUAAAGUAAAAUUGUGUGUGAGAGUGAAUAAGGUUAUUGUUGAUUUGUUGUUCGUUGAUAAACUCGUUUGGAAAUAUUACCUGUCGGUUACCGUAAGCUAAGGACUCACGCUAUAACAAACAACAUGUCACAAAAACGUCCAUCUGGUUCUGAAUUUCGUAAGAGAAAACGCGUUAGAGAGAUGGAAGCAAAAAAAAUGGAAAAUACCUUACGAAAGUGGACAGUCACACAACAAGAAAACAGUCAGGAAGAUGUGUCCAAUGAUGACGUUUUGGCCCUCACUGGUAUGUCUGGAACUAAAUCUGGAAACAAUUUAAAGAUAAUAUAUAAAGAAAAAGAAGACAACCCAGUCAACCCAUCCCAGCAAGACUUGACCUUACCCAUCACCACCAGUCCAAGUUCUGAAAUUCAAAUUGAAAAAGCAGCUGCUACUGAUAAGAUCCAGUUAGACAUAAACGAUCCUGUUUCAUGGUUACCAUUAACUGAUCACAUUCGUUGUUUCCUUGUCGAGAAAGGUCCUGAUCAAGGAAAAGUAAGUCAAAAUAUUUCUUCAACUGAAGACGCAGGACGAAAAUUUAAUAUACAUUGGUUUACAAAAAAAAUGAGCAAUGGCGAGAUGGUACCCAGGUCUUGGUUGAUUUACAGUAAAAAAAGAGAUGCAAUAUUUUGUUUCCCAUGUAUACUUUUCGGUUCUUCCUCGACUAAGCAAAUAAUGCCGGCCCUGGCUGAUGCACAAAAAGGAUUUAAUGAUUGGCGUCAUUUAAGUCCACGUAUUCCUGAGCACGAAAACUCUACAUUUCAUAGAGAAAAUUGUAUUAAGUGGAAAAUGCUUGAACAGAAAAUAAAACGUAAGACCACAAUAGAUGCAUCCUUACAAAAGGCUAUUGAUCAAGAAACAAAUAAGUGGAGACAUAUUUUAAAAGUGUGUACCAACAUACUUUUGUUUUGCGCGGAAAAUAAUUUACCGCUCAGAGGCUCUCAUGAGCGUAUUGGAGAAUCAGGAUCUGGAGUUUUCUUAAGUGCCGUCGAUAUGAUUUCAAAAUUCGACCCUGAACUUAGAGCGCAUAUUGAAUCGCUUCAUAAAGGAAAUAUUUCAUAUUUUACGCCUUAUAUUCAAAACGAGCUUAUAGAUAUUCUUGCCUCUGAGGUCAAAAAACAAAUUUUAGACGAUGUUCGUGCGGCAAAAUACUUUUCCAUACUUUUUGAUUGUACGCCAGACGUAUCGCAUAAAGAACAGAUGUCACAAAUAUUGAGAUUCGUAAAAGUAUCCGAGCAGAAAGUUACAAUCGAAGAACGGUUCAUAGAUUUCAUCCAGUCUCAUGAAAAAACGGGCGAGGGAUUGUCGAAAGAGAUUUUAGAGAAAUUAGAAGUUGAUGGAUUGAAUAUUCAAGAUCUUCGUGGCCAAGGCUACGACAAUGGUAGUAAUAUGGCCGGUAAAUAUAACGGAGUCCAAGCCAAAAUAAAACAAAUUAAUGAAAAUGCUGAUUAUGUGCCGUGUGCAGCGCAUUCUUUGAAUUUAUCUGGCGUACACGCUGCUAGUGUCACACCUGACAUGAUCACAUUUUUUGGAUUAAUCCAGAAAAUAUUUGUGUUUUUUUCGAGUUCAACGGUCAGAUGGGAAACUUUAAUGAAAUACUUAAAUAUUUCUUUGAAAAAACACGCCGACACUAGAUGGGCCUCUAAAGCUAGGGCUGUCAAAGCUUUGAACUCGCAAAUACCCCAAAUCUGGUGUGUGCUAAAGAUUCAAACUACCAAUGAUUACAAUGCUGAAACAAUUUCUACAGCUAAAAGCAUAAUGAACCAAAUUAAUUAUAAAUUCAUAUGUACUCUCCAAAUUUGGGAUAAAAUUUUGGAAUCUGUUGACAAAGUGAAUGUAGCUCUACAGUCUAAAACUAUGACUAUCGACAAAGCUUCUGAAUUAAUAAAGGGAUUAACAAACCAGAUACAAAAUAUUCGCGAGACUAUAGACAUUGUUUUCGAAAAGGCAAAAAAGAUUUGUGAACAAUGUGGCAUUGAAGACAAUUUUCCUGAAAAGCGACGAAAGCGAGUAAAAAGACACGAUUUAAUUGAAAGUUCAGACUCCGGCUACGACAUUACUCAGCAACAAAGUUUCAAAAUUCAGAUAAAUGAAGCAAUAGAUACAAUCAUUUCUGAAUUAAAAUGGCGAUUCGAAAAACUACGCGACAUACAUAACUCUUUCGGUUUUUUGACCUUAAAACACAUUACUACAUAUUCGGUUGAAGAACUAAAAAAAUAUGCAGCUGAUUUGAGCAUCAAAUAUUCUGCAGAUAUAAAUGCGACAGAAUUUUGGUCCGAAAUAGAAACUUUGAAGAGUCAAGUUGAAGCGACUACAUUAUUUGAUAAUUGUGAAUGUCAGUCAAGUAUGGGUCUUCUCAAAGCUAUAGUGGAACUGGAUUUAAAGGAAAUGUUUCCCAAUAUAGUAGUCGUUUUAAAGAUAUUUUUAACGAUGCCAGUGACUGUAGCUUCUUGCGAGAGAUCGUUCAGUAAGCUCAAAUUAAUAAAAACGUAUCUGCGCUCGACGAUGGGUCAAGAAAGAUUGUCUGGCCUAGCAAUUUUGUCGAUUGAACGCGACAUAGCACGGCUCCUGUCAUAUGAAAAUGUAAUAAAGGACUUCGCAAUGAGAAAAGCGAGGAAAGUAAAUCUUUAAGUAAUCUUAAAGUAAGUACUCAUUUCUGUAUUUGAGCAACUAUUUUUGAAUAAACAAUUUUUAUCUUAAAGAAAUAUACUAAGUAGGUACUUACAUACUUUGGUUAACAAUAAAUAGAUAGAUUUAUUUGUAUGCACAUUUGUCAAUUUUAUUUUCAGAGCCUGGUUAGAGCAUUUUUCAGGGGCGCAGUUUUGAAAGCUCGCACUGGGUGCAUAAAAGGCUAGUUACGG